AUGACUGAAGAUCUAUGGGUGGGCUCCUGGCGGCCCCACCACCCUCGGGGACCCAUCAUGGCUCUGUACACCAGCCCGGGCCCCAAGUACAUGAUCCCAGGAACCACAGGGUUUGUGAAACACACCCCAACCAAGCUGAGGGCCCCAGCCUACAGCUUCCGCGGGGCCCCCAUGAUCCUGACUGAGAACUACUCCCCUGGGCCCCGCUACAGUGUGAAUCCCAAGAUGCUCCGGACGGGCAAGGACUUGGGCCCUGCCUACUCUAUCCUGGGGCGCUACCAGACCAAAACCAUCACGACACCAGGCCCUGGAGAAUACUCUCCAGAGAAAUCCAUCAAAUAUGUAUUCAACUCAGCGCCCAGUCACUCCAUCUCUGCCAGGACCAAGUCCUUCCGUGUGGAUAGCACUCCAGGUCCAGCAGCCUACAUGCUGCCGAUGGUGAUGGGGCCGCACACAGUGGGCAAAGUCUCCCAGCCCUCCUUUUCCAUCAAGGGCCGGAGCAAGCUGGGUGGAUUCAGCCAGGACCUUCACAAGACCCCAGGCCCUGCUGCAUACCGACAGACCGAUAUCCAGGUAGUCAAGUACAAGGCCCCACAGUACACCAUGGCUGCCCGAAUCGAGGCAGUCGGAGACAAGACGAUGAAGCCAGGCCCAGGCGCUCACAGCCCAGAGAAGGUGACAAUGAACAAACCCACUGCCCCCCUGCUCAGUUUUGGAAUCAAGCAUUCAGACUACAUGACGCCUCUCAUACUGGAUGUGGAGUAG